GGCGGGAGGGGAGGAGUGGAGAUGGCGGCGGCGGCGGCGGCUCAGGGGGGCGGGGGCGGGGAGCCCCGGGGAGCCGAUGGGGUCGGCCCUGGGGUCCCGGGGGAAGUGGAGAUAGUAAAGGGGCAGCCGUUCGACGUGGGCCCGCGCUACACGCAGCUGCAAUACAUCGGCGAGGGCGCGUACGGCAUGGUCAGCUCAGCUUACGACCAUGUGCGCAAGACUCGAGUGGCCAUCAAGAAAAUCAGCCCUUUUGAGCAUCAGACCUACUGCCAGCGGACCUUGCGAGAGAUCCAGAUCUUGCUACGCUUCCGCCACGAGAACGUCAUUGGCAUCCGAGACAUUCUGCGGGCACCCACCCUGGAAGCCAUGAGGGAUGUCUACAUUGUGCAGGACCUGAUGGAGACAGACCUGUACAAGUUGCUCAAAAGCCAGCAGCUGAGCAACGACCACAUCUGCUACUUCCUCUACCAGAUCCUGCGGGGCCUCAAAUACAUCCACUCCGCCAACGUGCUCCACCGGGAUUUAAAGCCCUCCAACCUGCUCAUCAACACCACCUGCGACCUUAAGAUCUGUGACUUUGGCCUUGCCCGGAUCGCGGAUCCCGAGCAUGACCACACUGGCUUCUUGACGGAAUAUGUGGCCACGCGCUGGUACCGGGCCCCAGAGAUCAUGCUUAACUCCAAGGGCUACACCAAGUCCAUAGACAUUUGGUCUGUGGGCUGCAUUCUGGCUGAGAUGCUCUCCAACCGGCCUAUCUUCCCGGGCAAGCACUACCUGGACCAGCUCAACCACAUUCUGGGUAUCCUGGGCUCCCCAUCCCAGGAGGACCUGAAUUGUAUCAUCAACAUGAAGGCCCGAAACUACCUGCAGUCUCUGCCCUCCAAGACCAAGGUGGCCUGGGCCAAGCUUUUCCCCAAGUCGGACCCCAAAGCUCUUGACCUGCUGGACCGGAUGUUGACCUUUAACCCCAACAAACGGAUCACAGUGGAGGAAGCACUGGCUCAUCCUUACCUGGAGCAGUACUACGACCCAACAGAUGAGCCAGUGGCCGAAGAGCCUUUCACCUUCGACAUGGAGCUGGAUGAUCUACCCAAGGAGCGGCUGAAGGAACUCAUCUUCCAGGAAACAGCCCGCUUCCAGCCCGGAGGGCUGGAGGCCCCCUAACCUGGACAGAUGCCUCUGCUCUCUGGGGCCUGGCCCUGCCUCCUGCCUGCCCCUCCCCUGCCGGACUGUUAGAAAAUGGACCCAGAGCCCAGCCCAGAUCACCCCCCCAGGCGACAGCCAGCCCAGGUUCGGGGCGGGGGCAGAGGGUGGGCCUGGCCACCUCCCCUUGCUUAGCUCAGGCGUCCUGCUUCAGGCAGGCUGAUGCACCCUCCCCGCCUCCCAGGACCUGAGGGGCUCAGGUGGCCCCAAAGCAAAUUUCCCCCUGCUGCUGCUCAGCCUCCGCCUGCCCCCCCCCCGCCCCGCCCCCAGCUAUCCCAAUCCCUGGUAGUUCUGGAAUCCAAGGGCUCUGGCUGCCCCAGGACCUACUGAGGUGAGGGGGGUGGGGCAGAGAGGACCCUGAGUAGGGACUCAGGGCCAGCCCUGCCCCGCUUGCCUCAUUAAAGCCACACCCCAUGUCCCCUGAAGGAACAUUCCUAAGGCUCAAGGGCUAGUAUCCCGGAGGAGCAGGGCCCCGGCCUAAGCCCCUUCUCCCCCCCCCAACCAAGCUGCCACGUCUAACGUCCCCGCUGCUUCUGUGUGUGGGUGAACAGAAGUGGAGGUGGGGGCCCCUGGAGCGCCCAGCGCCCCCGCCCACCCCCGUGCCUGUAUCUAAUAUAUAAAUAUAGAGAUGUGUAUACGGA